CAGUUUUUAUAAAAUUCGCACAUGCAGCGAAAAUGAACGUUCUGACAAAAACCUUUUGGGGCUUUCCAUCAAUGUCGAAACAUUGAAAUAGUUUUCUUCUCCGAUCACUGAAGAAGAAAUCGAAAUUUAGAGAGAGAUGGAGAAGGCUGUGGUGACCUUUGACAAAGGCACGACCUUUUCUUCAUGGAACUACUGUGACGAGAGAUUGGCUACUGGUUCCAUCGAUGGAACUUUGGUCAUUUUCGACUCAGUCGACCCGCCUUCUUCGUCAUUCACUUGCACUUCUACAUCCAGGGUUCAUGAAGUGAGCAUUGUGAAAGUUGUUUGGGUUCCUCCAAAAUAUGGUAGUGGAGUUGCAUGCAUUUGUGCAGAUGGAACUUUGUCAUUGUGGGAGGAGGUUGCUGAAGAUACAAAACCCCUUCAAUGGAAGCUUUGCAAAGGCUUUGAGACAAGUUCAAAUCAAGUGCUAGAUAUGCAGUUUGGAGCCUCAUUCACAAGUUUGAAGUUGGUUGCUGCAUAUUCAAACGGCUACGUGAAAGUGUAUGAGCUCCUAGAUCCAUUGGAACUGAAGAAUUGGCAACUUCAGGCAGAGUUUCAGAAUGUUAUUGAUUCAGUCUCCAAAUUUGGAAAGGCUGCAUGCUUGUCUGCAUCUAUCUCUUGGACUCCACAAAGAGGUGAAAGCCAGCAAUUGAGCUUUGUUCUUGGUUUCAAUUCGAAUGUAAUGCAACUCAAUUCUGCCAAGGUUGCGAAGAUCACUGGUGAAGAAUGGAAGAACAUGAUAGAGAAACAGAAGUCUUAUGAAAAGGUUGCAAAGCAAAAUAAGGAAAAGUAUUUGAAAGAAAUGGAGGCUUACAAGCAGAGGAAGGAGGAAGAGUUUGCCAAUCUCAAAAAAGAAGAGGAUGAGAUGAAAAUUCACAAGCAAGAGCCUUGCAAUUGCUCAAGAAGAAAGAGAAAACCGAUAACAUAAUCAAGGUUUGGCCUUAGCACAAUGAAUUGUCGAUACCUUCUUGUGAAGCUUGGCUUUUGUGACUGCUAAAUUAUGUGCCUGUUUGGUAGAAAUUAUUUACAGCUUAUUUCAGCUUUCAGCUUAAUUUAAGCUAUUUUGAUGUGUUUGGUUUAGCUUAUAGCUUAUAACUUAUAGCUUUGUGGAAGUCAGAAAUCAGCUUAUUCUUUGAGUGGGG